AUGCAAGAAACACCUACAGUAAAAAGCAUAAUUAACAAUCGAGAUCGUGACUGCUUGGGCUGUAGAAUUUUCAGUGGUUGCGGUCUCAUUGGCUCCGGCUUAUAUAUUGCAUAUCAUUCAAGAAAAUUUCCAAAACUGAUUGGAAAGACGACGAUGUACACUAUCGGAGCCGGUAAUUUGUCGAGUUCCUUUUACAUGCUUAUACAUUUUGUUUUUUAAAUUACUAAAGAAUGAGUGAUUUUAUGUCUCCCCCAUUUCGACAGAUAAAUAAUCCACGUAAAUAAACUUGCGCACAUUUACCUUUCACUUAAAAUUUAAAUUACUGUUAGAAAUCUUUUGGCAAUUAGUAAAGACGAUAUUUUUUUAUUAUUUUCAACUAAGGUGUUAUCUGUUCAGUUUUUUUGAUAAAAAAGAUUUAAUCGAUAAGUGAAUUUCGGAGAUUAUUUUACGUGGAAAUACAUACUUUUCAUUCAUCGUUGUAAAACACGUAAACAUGGCUCAUAAAAAUAUUCGUACACUUAUUGUACACUUAGAAAUUUCAUUUUGGCAUUGUAAUGAGGCAUGACUAUUGUAUAACUAUUUGCAAUAAGUAUCUUGUAGCCUCUAUAUAUAUAUAUUUUUUUUUCUAAUUUGUUUUAAACGUAAAUAGUAACCAAUGUUUCAUUAUAGAUUUAAUUAAGUUCUUAAAUGUUCAAGAAUUUUCCAUAAGUGUUCAAAUCCUUUCAUGAGCGAUAAGUUUCAGUUUCUAUUUAAUAUAAAGUUUUUGCAAAAUUCUUUCAGCUCUGAUGCUUCUUGGCACUGCUCGAGUUUUGGAUCUCCCUCCAUUUCGCAAACAGUUCAAUCACGGAUCGUAA